AGGUACACGCCCGGCGCACCAUCUAGAUCUGCCCCCUGAUGGAGAACGAUCCUGGAGACGGGGACGAUCUGGGAUCAGGGUGGUUUGAAGUGAAAAAGAAACAUCGAUCCAGCUCAAAGUUCACAUUGCAGAGAUCUUCAGGAAGUUCCAUCCAUAAAACUCCAAACUCGUCAUCGUGGUCUCAGGCCAACUACACCGGUGACAGUUCAAGGUGGUAUGACAGGCUGCAGUACCCACCUCAGAGCACAAGUAAUAAUGUCUCUGUUGAUGAAUUGGGCAUUAGAGAAACAACUAAGGUUCACCGUGAGGAAUGUGUUGAUGUAGGUGCUAGUAACCUGACGAAUGGAUCCUGUGUUUCAGCUUCGCAGGAUGUAGUAGAAAACAGUGAAGAACUGCAGUUAGCUCAAGAAACAAGCGAUCCUCCCAAAACUGGCAUGAUUGACCGCAGAGAUCCUUCAGUGCCUCAUGAAUCCCCCAACUGUUCAAGUGGUCUUGCAAAACCUAUAGAACGUUCUGAUCAUGUCAAAGGCUCUCCAAAAGCAGAGCCAGUAGGUGUUUUGUCCAACUCUUCUGUCAAGUUCGGUAAUUUUGAUGAAGUCCCAGGUAUAACAAUACCCUCAGACGCCUUCACUGAUAGUAAUUCUUCUAUAAAGUACAUGGAUGAUGAAGAUGCUACACAAUUCAGAAAUGAAAGUAAACUUGAAGAUGAGAUGAAUUCUAUACAAAAUGUUGACAUGUCUCCUACCAUGAUUCAUGCAGUGACGGCACCCAGUGAAAAUAAGAGAAAUCCAGUGGAUAUAUGUGAAAUACCAGAUAGUCCCAUAGAUGUUAGUGGUUCAAUUACCUUGGCCGACCCUGUCUCCCUGUCCUCCUCAAACAAUGACCUUGUAGCUCCAGUUACAUCUUCCUCGGUUGCAUCCACGGAAAGCCAAACGUUACUUCAUGAUCAUGCAAUGGUUCCUGUAGAUUUUGGAGGGGAAAUUGCUGAGGGCAAAGAAAGAUUCAGGCAGAGGCUUUGGUGUUUCCUUUUUGAGAAUCUGAAUAGAGCUGUGGAUGAACUAUACUUACUCUGUGAAUUGGAAUGUGACAUGGAGCAAAUUAAUGAAUCUAUGCUGGUUCUUGAUGAAGCUAUAUCUGAUUUUCGAGAACUGAAGUCCAGGGCAGAACAUUUUGAUAACACCAAGAAAUCCACUGGUUUACCAAAGGAAGAGAUGCCAAUGGCUGUGAAAGCCGACCACCGGAGACCUCAUUCAUUGUCUUGGGAGGUCAGACGGAUGACAAGUUCACCACACAGGCAAGAGAUAUUGUCGUCAUCUCUCGAGGCCUUCCAGAGGAUUCAGUUAGAACUGGCACGCAAGCAGGCUGGUAUCUCAGCAGAGAGCUUUUCAUCCAGCUCUUCUGGAGAAGUUUCAGGUAUUUCGGCAAAGCUGACUACAGCGUCAGCAACAGUUGGGAAUAUCAGUUUGAAAGUGGAGAGUCAGGUGAAACUUCCAGAUAGUAGUGAGAAAAAAGUUACUGAAGAGAGACAAAGUAAGGAGGCAUUCAAGCCCGGUAGAUCAUUCCCACCAAGUAUGCCUGCAUCUUCUGGGAGUAGAAGAGGGGCACUAGAACCAAUAUCUGAGAUAACUAAACACGCUUUAAAGGAUAGGAUAUUGCCAGAUAACAAAUCUGACAGGCUGAAGUCAACGGAUAUUGUGAAAAGGAGUACAUCCCACCUUGAAAAGGAGAAGCAAAAUACGGCACAGUGGAAGUCGAUGGAUGCCUGGAAGGAAAAAAGAAACUGGGAAGAUAUACUGAAAUCUCCUGUUCGGAGUUCCCGUGCAUCUCAUUCCCCUGGUGUUGGCAGAAGAGUAACAGAGCGUGGUCGUGUUCUACAUGAUAAGCUAAUGUCUCCUGAAAAGAAGAAAAGAAGUGCCUUUGAUACGAAAAAAGAAGCAGAAGAAAAGCAUGCACGGGCUUUGCGGAUCAGGAGUCAACUAGAAAGUGAGAGAGUUCAGAGACUACAACGUACCACUGAAAAGUUAAGCCGUGUCAAUGAAUUACAUGCUGUGCGCAGCUCAAAACUUCGAGAAGUAAUGAAUGCAAGGCAUCAACGUGGUGAAUCUCGUCAUGAAGCACAUCUUGCCCAAGUUGCAAAAAGGGCUGGUGAUGAGAGUAUUAAGGUCAGCGAAGUUCGUUUUAUUACAUCACUGAAUGAUGAAACUAAGAAAUUCUUGCUGAGGCAGAAACUUCAUGAUUCUGAAAUGCGGAGAGCCGAAAAGCUACACGUGAUCAAAACAAAACAGAAGGAGGACUCUGCAAGAGAAGAGGCUGUAUUGGAACGAAGAAAGUUCCUUGAAGCUGAGAAAAUGCAGCGCCUUGCUGAAAUACAGCGUAAGAAAGAAGAAGCAAUAGUUAGAAGAGAAGAGGAGCGCAAAGCAUCUAGUGCUGCACGGGAAGCGAAGACUGCUGAGCAGCAACGGAGAAAAGAGAUAAGAGCUAAAUUGCAACAGGAGGAAGCUGAACUUUUAGCACAAAAACUAGCUGAAAAGCUCCGUGAAAGUGAGCAGCGCCGGAAGUAUUACCUUGAACAAAUACGUGAGAGAGCUUCAAUGGAUUUUAGGGAUCAGACUUCACCUUUUCAGCGCCGCUUCCCAAGUAAAGAUAGCCAAAACCGUUCUGCGUCCGCUAAUAGUGGUGAAGAUUCACAGAUAGUAGGCAAUGCCAGCAGUGCAGAGUCUAUGGUUAAAUCAUCCAAUGCCACACAGAUGAAACGAAGGAUUAAGAAGAUACGACAGAGAUUAAUGGCUCUCAAGCAUGAAUUUGUUGAACCAGCCAUAGGUGAAAAUACAGGAAUUGCACAUAGGGCUGCUCUAGGAGCUGCCAAAGGUAAGUUAAGUAGAUGGCUUCAGGACUUGCAAAGACUUCGUCAAGCUAGAAAAGAAGGUGCUGCGAGUAUUGGUUUGAUUGUCGGUGACAUGACAAAGUUCUUAGAAGGAAAGGAUCUCGAACUGCAUGCUACUAGACUAGUUGGUUUGCUUGAUUUCAUUGGGUCUGCUUUACCUGCCUCACACACUUCAAGGCCAGUAGCUUGUCCAGUCACUGUCUACCUUUUGCGCCUGCUGAGAGUGUUACUCUCACUUCCAGCUAAUCGAACCUAUUUUCUAGUACAAAAUCUUUUACCUCCGAUUAUUCCCAUGCUAUCUGCAUCCCUAGAGAAUUACAUUAAGGUGGCAGCAUCAAACUCCGGAAGUUUGAAUCUUCCGUCAAGUAAAACUUCAACAGAGAACAUGGAGACAGUUGGUGAAGUUUUAGAUGGCUUUUUAUGGACUGUGACCGUGAUUGUUGGCCACUUAUAUGUUGAUGACGAACAACUUCAAAUGCAGGAGGGUCUGAUUGAACUGAUCGUAGCUUAUCAAACAAUUCAUCGUCUGCGAGAUCUUUUUGCCCUUUAUGAUAGGCCCCAGGUGGAAGGGUCCCCACUCCCAUCAACCAUACUAUUCGGUCUCAACCUUCUGACUGUCUUAACAUCCAAACCAGGGAACUUCUCUGCCAUCGAUUGGGAGUCCUGCAAAUGCAGAAUUCCAGCUGGUAAUCUAGCUCAUGAAUGUGAAUAUCUUAGUUCACUAGACCUACGAUUUGGCAACCAGUUGAUGACAACGGACGAGUCUGGAGAUGCCAAAUUACCAUCUACCAGUUGUGAUCUUCCGAAAUGUGAUGACUGCGGGUUUAGUGUACUUGUUGAAGAUAACAAGUCCGCGGAACAACACGAGUGUUCUAUUCUAGGAGAUAGAAGAUCAUUGGAUGAAGCUAGGAAAGAUUUGUUAGGUUUCUCUUCUGGCCCAAAAAAUUCGAAAUCUACAUCCGAAAUACAAACAUCUCAUUUGGGAGAUAUAUUAGAUCAGCAUUCCGAAGUUUUUGCUCGGAGAGAUGAAAAUAAUACUGUGGAUGGUCGCCUUGAGGGAAGAAAUAUGAAUAAUAAAUGUACAGCUAUGAAUGGAAGUCCUGGAAAAGGCAAUGAAAUAAAUCUGAAACAACCUGCGGUGCUUGUACUUUCUGCCAUGGCUGAGACAGGCCUGGUUAGUCUGCCUUCACUUUUGACGGCAGUGUUGCUGCAGGCAAACAACAGAUCAUCAUCCGACCAGGCUUCAGCGGUUCUUCCAUCAAAUUUUGAAGAAGUUGCCACUGGUGUAUUGAAAGUUUUGAACAAUGUGGCAUGUUUGGAUAUCACCCUUCUGCAGUGCAUGCUGGCUAGAUCAGAUCUGAAGAUGGAAUUCUUUCAUUUGAUAAGUUUUCUUCUGAGUCAUUGCAUGAAUAAUUGGAGAGUACCAAACGAUCAGGUUGGUUUACUGCUGCUAGAAUCUAUACUGCUUCUUGGCUACUUCUCCUUGUUCCAUGCCGGUAAUCAAGCAGUUCUUCGAUGGGGUAAGAGCCCCACAAUACUCCACAAGGUGUGCGACCUGCCUUUUGUUUUCUUCAGCGACCCCGACUUGAUGCCCAUCUUGGCUGCUGCUCUCACCGCUGUUUGUUAUGGCUGUGAUCAGAACAGAAGCAUAGUGCUUCAAGAAAUAAGCUCAGAUAUGCUCCGUUCUUUGCUUCGGUCCUGCAGAGCCUCAGGACUGGCUUCAGAUUCCGUCGCAGUGGAUGGUUCGGGAGCCAAUAACUCUGGUGAUAGUAUCUCACCGGAUACCAGAAACUCGCAAUCUGACAUCUCGAUACGGUCAAGCCGCAAAGGUACGCGGCCAGUUUUAGGAAAAGGCGUUUCAGGGGCCAUCAGACUAAACAGAAAUAAGAAUCAGAAGGAUGGCAGAGGAACACGGACCGGUGACGAUGUGCCUCCGAAACAAAGGGCUGAGGAAGGUUCAGCUGUUUUUAUGUUGCAUAGGAAAAUUCCGGCAUUUUUCUUGGACAGAGCAGAAGAAUUCUUCUGCAGCGUCCCGUAACGAAAACAUUGGGUAUCACAAGCUGACCAAGCAGACCAUUACAAGAAGCUAUGCUGCCUUCGUGUUUUUGAGGCGUGGGACUAAUGUACCAUGAAGCAAUGACUUAUCAGAGUGGCGAUCACGGGAUUUGAUUGUCGAAAGGACAUGGCCGUUUUCAGGAGGCUGGUUUGAGGCUGCAUGACCUGUUGUUUUUUGUUUAUAUCCCGGGGGCUAAUUAAAGAUGUGAGGUCAGUAAGUUGUCUUGUAGAGAAUAAGUCCGUGAUGCUGUGUUGUUUAUGCCUCCGUCCUGUCAUAUUAGCCUGUUCCUCUUUCGCCAAAUAAUUGUAUAGAAAAGGGGUAAUACUGGAGUAUCAAACUCUGGCGCCUACACAUGAAGAAUACAUCAUGUAUUACUCGGGAACUGGCACAACGUGCUGUUGAUGAACAUAGUUGCAAUACUGCAUUCAGUUUUUUGAAAUGAAUAGAAACAGCAAAUAUUACAGCAGCAUAUGACAAGAUUGCCUAAGUCUCAGACAAAGCGGCACUUAAGGUGUUAAGCGGGCCGAUCAUACAUACAGAAAAGAAGAAUCAAAUGCAUUGUUGAUAGAUAGGUCAUUGGCUCCUAUUAAGCAUUGAAUUAAUUUCGCAGCAAAAGGAAAGGAGUUCUUUAUUAUCUCAAAUAUUGCUCCAAGAAGAUGUUACCAAAAUAGUUUGCGGUGGGACUCUGCAUAAGUAAAUAGCCUAGAAGAACGAAAAGUAAACAUGUAAACAAUAAUCAAUCUCCACCAAAGACAAACUAAGGAGUAGUGUAUGAGGCCCGAUUCGAUCACUGCUGGAGAAAGAACUCAUUGGAUGGCCUCCACUGGGUACAAGCAAAAUGAACAUCAUCCGAAGUUCAGGACUACUGUUGCUUCAUAAAAGGGAAAACAAGACUAUCAUGGACAACAACUGGACAGAAACGCUUGGUGAACUCCUCUGGCUCAACAAUUGUGUAGAUUGUUUCAAGCUCCGCCGUCUUAGGAUCGUAGUAGCCUAACGACGUCCCAGAGUUGAGCAACAUCCGUCCAUCAGUUGGGUCGACGCAUAGCA